UGCACAAUGGAAGAUCAUUUGCGAAACGAGAAAAAUCUUAGACGAUCAAAAACAGAGAAAAAACUGCUUCGAAGACAAAAAAAGACGGGUCAUACACUACUCAGACACGAAGGCAUUAGCAUCGUGUCGCAUCCUACCAAGUGUCUGGUGGUGUCGAAUGGGGGGUUGGGGAAUGGAGUAAGCAGAGAGCUGCUGUUGGAGCUCCUAAAGGAUGGGGGCACUGUUGAAUCAAUCCUCAUGCCUCCUAAUAAACCAUAUGCUUAUGUCACAUAUGCAUCACUUGAGGAGGGUCAGAAUGCCCAAGGACUCCUUAAUGGGCGGGUCCUCAGAUGCCACGAUCAAGACAUCACUCUGUACCUCAGCUUUGUUGAGAAUGUGGGUGGUGAGGUUAGUGGGAGUUGUGCUCUACCUCCUGGACUUUCUGUGUGGGAGGAGUUUGUAUCUCCAGAAGAGGAGGCUCAGCUGCUGCAGGCUGUGGAUUGGCUGUCCCUCAAUGAUGAUGUGACAGUGCAGCAGGAACUGAGGCACAGGAGAGUGAAGCAUUAUGGAUAUGAGUUUCGAUAUGAUAAUAACAACGUGGACAAAGAAAAACCUUUAACUGGAGGUUUACCGGCUCAGUGUGACGCCAUGCUGCACAGAUGUCUGUCUGAAGGGCACAUCAGUGUUCUUCCUGACCAGCUCACAGUCAACCAGUACCAGAGCGGACAAGGAAUCCCACCCCAUGUGGACACCCAUUCAGCAUUUGAGGACACCCUCCUCUCCCUUAGCCUGGGAGAAAAGACUGUAAUGGAUUUCCGCCACCCUGGUGGCCAAUCUGUGGCUGUGGUGCUGCCAGGCCGAAGUCUCCUGGUGAUGAAGGGGGAGAGUCGUUACCUUUGGACCCAUGGGAUAACACCUAGGAAGUUUGAUGUGGUACCUGCUUCAAAGGACGAAGGUUCAGGAGUGGUAACAUCUGAUCCCAGCAACCUGACGCUGAGCCGCCGUGGUACGAGGACUUCGUUCACUUUUCGCAAAGUCCGACACACCCCGUGCGACUGUGCAUACCCAUCUGCUUGUGAUAGCCAGCGCCCAUCCUCGCUGCCCUCUCUUCCCGUUGCCAGCAGUGAUGCGUGUCGUCUGGAGGCACAGUAUGUUCACCAUGUAUAUGAGGAAAUCUCCACCCACUUCAGCAGUACACGCCACUCCCCCUGGCCGCGUGUCCGCGAAUUCCUGCUCUCAAUCCCACAUGCUGCUUUGCUGGCUGACAUUGGCUGUGGCAAUGGUAAAUACCUGGGCAUCAAUCCACAGGUGAUCUCGGUGGGUUGUGACCGCAGUGUGAACCUAGCAUCAAUCUGCACUGAGCGCGGGUACCAGGCGUUUGUGUGUGACGCCCUGUCUGUACCACUUCGUAGCACCAGUUUUGAUGCCUGCCUCUCCAUUGCUGUCAUCCACCAUUUCUCCACCCAGGAGAGAAGAUUGGCUGCCAUCAAAGAGUUAGUGCGGCUGCUGAAUGUGGGGGGUCGAGCUCUGAUCUACGUGUGGGCCAUGGAACAAGACUACAUGGACCAGAAAUCCAAGUACCUCAAAGCAAAGAGGAACCUGGAAAAUGUGGAACCUAGAACAAAGGGAGGUGAUUCUAGAAUAGAUCUUAGCAAAACUGAACAAAGAACUGUGACAGAUCAUAGGGACUUUGGAACUGAGACCAACAGUUCAAAUCUGAAACAGCAGCAAGCAGGGAAAGUAAGUUCAAGUCCAACCUGCACCAGUGAGAACAGUAACAGUAUGGGUCAGCACAAGUUAAACAUUCACACUAACCGUACAGUCUUUGUUUCUCAGGACCUUCUAGUACCAUGGCACCUUAAAGGUGACAAGGGUUGCACUGAGGAAGGUGCCUUAGAUAAAGCAGCUAGCCAACACCUUGUGUUUCACCGUUAUUACCAUGUGUUCCAGGAGGGGGAGCUAGAAAAGCUUUGCUGCCUAGUGAAAGGUGUGAAGGUACUGGAUAGUUAUUAUGAUCAAGGAAACUGGUGUGUUGUGUUGGAGAAAAUUUGUGACCUUUAAACUAAUAACAUAGCCUAAUAAAAUUAAUUGAUUUU